UCUGCAGCUGCUGCUUGUCACUCACGGAGUUUCCUGCGUGAAGGUCGGCGGGCAGAGCGGGUUCUGGUCCAGUCAGGCGGUCCGCCAUGGAGCUGCAGCGAGCUGCGCUGGUCGCCCUGCUGCUGCUGACGCUCUUCUCCUCAGAGUGUUUGUGCCGCAACGAGGAGGAGCGUCUGAUCAACCACCUGUUCGUGGAGAAAGGAUACAACAAGGAGCUGCGACCCGUGAAGAAGCAGCAGGAGGUGGUGGACGUUUACCUGGCGCUGACGCUCUCCAACCUCAUCUCUCUGAAAGAAGUAGACGAGACGCUGCUGACCAACGUGUGGAUCGAUCACACAUGGACCGACUACCGGCUGUCGUGGAACGCCAGCGAGUUCGACGGCAUCGAGAUGCUGCGCCUGCCGCCCAGCAUGGUGUGGCUGCCGGAGAUCGUCCUGGAAAACAAUAACGACGCCCAGUUCCAGGUUGCCUACUACAGCAACGUCCUGGUGGAUCCGUCUGGUCUCUGCUACUGGCUGCCUCCCGCCAUCUUCCGCUCCUCCUGCUCCAUCAACGUCAACUACUUCCCCUUCGACUGGCAGAACUGCACGCUCAAGUUCACCUCCCUGACCUACAACGCCAAAGAGAUCAAGAUGCUGCUGAAGAAAGACGGGAACGAAACUCACACGCACACCGUGGAGUGGAUCAUCAUCGACCCGGCCAGCUUCACAGAAAACGGCGAGUGGGAGAUCAUCCACCGGCCGGCCAAGAGAAACAGCUACAAGCACAUUCCCAUGGAGAGCAACAAGCACCAGGACAUCACCUUCUACCUGGUCAUCAAACGCAAGCCGCUCUUCUACAUCGUCAACAUCAUCAUCCCCUGUGUGCUCAUCUCCUUCCUGGCCUCGCUGGUCUACUACCUGCCUGCCGACAGUGGGGAGAAGAUGACGCUGUCCAUCUCCGUCCUGCUGGCUCAGUCUGUCUUCCUGCUGCUGAUUUCCCAGCGGCUGCCGGAGACGUCCAUGUCCGUCCCCCUCAUAGUCAAAUAUUUGAUGUUCAUCAUGGUUCUCGUUACCAUCGUCGUGUUGAACUGUGUCGUCGUUCUCAACCUGCACUUCAGGACGCCCAGCACACACGUCAUGUCUGAAUGGACCAAGAAGUUUUUCCUGGAGCGGUUGCCCCGGAUCCUCCACAUGGCCCAGCCAGCGGACGACGAGCCGGCGUGGGACGGAGCGUUGCCACGGCGAUCCAGCUCGGUGGGAUACAUCGCUGCAGCCGAGGAAUAUUACAGCAUCAAGUCCCGCAGCGAGCUGAUGUUUGAGAGGCAGUCAGAGAGACACGGACUGUCCAAACGGCCCACGCCGGCCUCAGUGUUGAAGCCGGUGGAAAGCGACGGAGCGAUGGAUCAGCUGUACGGGGAGAUGAAGCCGGCGGUGGACGGAGCGAACUACAUCGUCCAACACAUGAGAGACAAGAACGACUACAACGAGGAGAAGGACAACUGGAGCGGCAUCGCCCGAACGGUGGACCGGCUCUGCCUCUUCCUCAUCACCCCGGUGAUGACCUUCGGCACCGUCAUCAUCUUCCUCAUGGGGAUCUGUAACCACCCCCCCCGCCUGCCCUUCCAGGGAGACCCGCACGACUACAGCGAGGACAACCUGCGCCUGCUGGAGUAGAACCGGAACCGGCAGCCCGGUUCCGGUUCUACUCAUUUAUCCACUUCAUGUUUGAAUCGUCUGAGUUUUCUGAGGUUGAAGUGAAUAUUUUGGUUCUGGUUUUCUUUACUUUGUGUCUCCAAAACAUCAGUUUGAUUUAAAUUACCUAGAAGUAUUGCACAGCGAGACAAGUUUUAUUUUUUAAUGAAUGCCAUCAUUUACUUCUGCAUUCACCAAACAUAACAAUAUAAAUGUCAUUUUAUUAUUUAUUACAAAAAUACUUUAGAAAAUUGAGAAUUAUUUUUUUGGCUGCCAAAAAAUGGCUUCUGAUAAAAUUGUAUGAUUUUUUCUGAAUUUUCAUUUUGCCAGCUUUAAUAAAUGAACUUUAUUUUAUGUUUUCAAUAAAAAAACAAAAACUUCAAAAGUCUUCAAAAAAUGGCAACUGAU